UAACGUUCGCCUUCGUCAACCGACUCUCAAAAUUAUAAUUAGAUCCUCAAAUAAAUCAACAAAAUCCUAUAAACUUAGGAAUUUGAUUUGUUAAACAUUUUAGUUAGUUAGUUUAGAUAGUAUAGAACAUGCGAUACAGUGUGGUGAUAAGACAAUAGUUUCGCUAUUGAGUACGGGCUCACAAAAUUAUCGUAGAGUGAAAAACGUGUCAAUUGGACACUAUACGAUAUGACAUCUGAUAACAAAUCGUUGGGAGCAACUAUGACAGAUUUAAUGAAUAUUGUGAGUCCAAAGUGGACGGUUCCAAGCGACAAUCUGAAUGAAGUUUUUCCAGGGAUUUUCCUUGGGGACGAAUUUGCUGCCAAGAACGUAGACUUGCUGAAGCAAAUGAAAAUGACUCACAUCCUAAAUGCAGCCUAUUCGGAGAAGACAUCAUUCCUGUAUGUGAAUACGUCCCAAAACUUUUACAGAGACCGCAAAUUCGAAUGUAACUUUCUGGGAUUGAGUGCUGUCGACUGUCCCACCUAUAAGCUAUCGAAGUACUUUCAGCAAGCUAGUGAUUUUAUCGAUUUGGCUCUAAAUUUUCCACAGGGCAAAAUAUUGGUACACUGUCGACAGGGAGUAAGCAGAUCUGCCACCUUUGUUAUUAUUUAUUUGAUGAUAAAGAAGAAAAUGACGGGAAGGGAAGCGGUAACAUUAGUCAGAAAGAAGCGUAACAUUUUUCCGAACAAGGGAUUUUUAAAAGAAAUUUGUGAUUUGGAGAGUCAACUUCUCAAAGCGAAGCACUAUGAAACCAAUGACGAACUGUUAGAAAACAGUGAUAAUGCAAAUUGUAAUGGAAAAACCGUCGCUGCAACUACCUGAAUCAGUUCGCCUAUCUUUGAAGUCGCUUCUUGAUAAAAAAAUACUGUAGCUGUUCGGAAUGGCGUGACUGUAUAUUGAAGGAGCAUAUGAUGAAAAACAGUGAGAAUCGUUAUACUCAAUUGCUUUGAAGAGGCGUUGGUGUUUUGGGACACACCUGCGGCUGUGAAAUAGGAACGAUUGGAUAUCGAAUGUUUGAUUUUCUGUUAAUCGAAUCAGUCGCUAGUAUUGUGCUGUGAUAUUGAAUAAAGAUGAGAAAACUAUUGA